GCCGAGCCGGCCUUGGAAAGGAGGAGAAAGGGGUUGCGGGGGACAGUGGGAGCCAGAGUCCAGAGUGCCUGGGACUAAGCACAGCCAGCCGGACCCCCGGCGGGGCGGCCGGGAGAGACCCCCAGGACUUGUCCAUGGCUGCUGCCUCACGCCAGAGGGAAUGCUGACUGCUCUCUAGGUGGACAUUGGUGCUUCUGAGCUAACCCAGGAAGAUUGGCGGGCCCAGUCCCAGCCCAUCCCAGGGCUGUCGGAAGCUGCAGGCUGAUCUCAGGCCAGAUUUCCACCCAGCCUCCACCCCACCAGGGACUGGCUUUCCUGCCUGUGGUGGCAGCUCCCAGAGCACCUUGAGGGACUAUAUCUCUGCCUGACAAGGAGGCCAUUGCCUGAGACAUCAGACUUGUUCCCCCAGGACCAGGAGUCCUCCAAAGCUUUGAGGCAUGGCGAACUGACAUUUGACUGGGCCGGUCCCUUGCUUCUUCCUGGACUCUGAAGCCCAGAGCCUGGCCCAGUAGUCAGAAUGGGUCGUGAACAGGACCUUAUCCUUGCUGUCAAGAAUGGAGACGUGACAUGUGUGCAGAAACUUGUGGCUAAAGUGAAGGCUGCAAAAACAAAGCUCCUCGGCUCCACGAAGAGACUCAACAUCAACUACCAGGAUGCUGACGGAUUCUCUGCUCUCCACCAUGCUGCCUUGGGGGGCAGCCUGGAGCUCAUAGCCUUACUGCUGGAGGCUCAAGCCACAGUGGACAUCAAGGACAGCAAUGGCAUGCGUCCCCUACACUAUGCGGCCUGGCAGGGCCGGCUGGAGCCUGUGAGACUGCUGCUACGGGCUUCUGCGGCAGUCAAUGCUGCCUCGCUGGAUGGUCAGAUCCCUCUGCACCUGGCCGCGCAGUAUGGGCAUUAUGAGGUGUCAGAGAUGCUUCUUCAGCACCAGUCUAAUCCAUGUCUAGUCAACAAGUUGAAGAAGACACCCCUAGACCUAGCCUGCGAAUUUGGGCGGCUCAAGGUGGCCCAGCUGCUUCUGAACAGCCACUUAUGUGUAGCACUGCUGGAGGGAGAGGCAAAGGACCCAUGUGACCCCAACUACACCACACCCCUGCACUUGGCUGCCAAGAAUGGCCACAGAGAAGUCAUCAGGCAGCUCUUGAAGGCUGGUAUUGAGAUCAACCGCCAGACCAAGACAGGCACGGCACUCCACGAGGCGGCGCUGUACGGCAAAACUGAGGUGGUGCGCCUGCUACUGGAGGGAGGCGUGGACGUGAAUAUCCGGAACACAUAUAACCAGACGGCGCUGGACAUAGUGAAUCAGUUCACCACCUCCCAGGCCAGUCGGGAAAUCAAGCAGCUGCUUCGGGAGGCUUCAGGGAUCUUGAAGGUUCGAGCGCUUAAGGAUUUCUGGAACCUUCAUGACCCCACCGCUCUCAAUGUCCGGGCAGGAGAUGUCAUCACGGUGCUUGAACAGCACCCUGAUGGCCGCUGGAAAGGCCAUAUCCAUGAGAGCCAAAGGGGCACAGACCGUGUUGGCUACUUCCCCCCGGGCAUUGUCGAGGUGGUCAGCAAGCGGGUGGGCAUACCUGUGGCCCGCCUCCCUUCUGCACCCCCCCUGCUGCGGCCAAGUUUCUCCCGGAUAUCACAGCCCUCGGCUGAUGAUGCCCUGCCAUCUCUCACCUAUGGCCAGCUCCCUCGGGUGGGCCUCAGCCCAGACAGCCCAGCAGGUGACAGGAAUAGCGUGGGCAGUGAGGGUAGCGUGGGCAGCAUCCGCAGUGCUGGCAGCGGGCAGAGCUCUGAAGGUACCAACGGCCAUGGCCCCGGCCUCCUGAUUGAAAAUGCUCAGCCACUGCCCUCUGCCAGUGAGGACCAGGUACUGCCAGGCCUGCAUGCCCCGUCCCCAGCAGACAACCUGAGCCACCGCCCUCUGGCCAGUUACCGCUCUGGGGAGAUCUUCACCCAGGAUGUGAGACCCGAACAGCUGCUGGAAGGGAAGGAUGCACAGGCCAUUCAUAACUGGUUAAGUGAAUUCCAGCUAGAGGGCUACACCGCCCACUUCCUGCAGGCGGGCUAUGAUGUGCCAACCAUCAGUCGGAUGACACCUGAGGAUCUGACGGCCAUUGGGGUGACCAAGCCUGGACACAGGAAGAAGAUCGCUUCAGAGAUUGCCCAGCUCAGCAUUGCUGAGUGGCUGCCCAACUAUAUCCCGGUGGACUUGCUAGAGUGGCUGUGUGCACUGGGGCUGCCUCAGUACCACAAGCAGCUGGUGAGCAGCGGCUAUGACUCCAUGGGACUGGUGGCCGAUCUCACCUGGGAGGAGCUGCAGGAGAUAGGCGUGAACAAGCUGGGACAUCAGAAGAAGCUUAUGCUUGGUGUGAAGAGGCUAGCAGAACUUCGGCGGGGCCUGCUGCAUGGUGAAGCCCUAGGUGAAGGCGGACGGCGGAUGACCAGGGGCCCAGAGCUGAUGGCCAUCGAAGGCCUGGAGAAUGGAGAAGGCCCUGCUAUGGCAGGCCCUCGCCUCCUCACCUUUCAGGGCAGUGAGCUGAGCCCAGAGCUACAGGCAGCUAUGGCAGGGGGUGGCCCAGAACCACUCCCCCUACCCCCUGCCCGUUCUCCUAGCCAGGAGAGCAUUGGCGCACGCUCACGGGGCUCUGGUCACUCACAAGAACAGCCUGUUCCCCAGCCCAAUGUUGGUGAGCCCAGUGCCCCACAGGAGAGGAACCUUCCGGAGGGCACAGAGCGCCCCUCUAAGCUUUGCUCUCCACUCCCUGGCCAAGGACCUGCCCCUUAUGUCUUCAUGUGUCCACAGAGCUUACCCUCCAGCCCAGCCCCAGCCCCACCUCCUGGUGUUCCUCGGGCCUUCUCCUACUUGGCUGGCUCUCCUGCCGCUCCUCCAGAUCCACCUCGGCCGAAACGCCGGUCUCACAGCCUGAGCCGCCCUGGUCCUGCUGAGGGGGAAGCUGAAGGGGAGGCUGAAGGGCCAGUGGGCAGUGCCCUGGGCAGUUAUGCCACUCUUACUCGGAGACCGGGACGCAGCACCCUUGCCCGGACUAGUCCUAGCUUCACCCCAACUCGAGGGACUCCCCGAAGCCAGUCCUUUGCCCUCCGUGCCCGUCGUAAAGGUCCACCACCCCCACCCCCCAAGCGCCUCAGUUCUGUCUCUGGCUCCACUGAGCCACCUUCACUAGACGGAACCUCGGGGCCCAAGGAAGGGGCCACAGGUCCCCGAAGGAGAACACUGAGUGAACCAACUGGCCCCUCAGAGUCCCCUGGUCCUUCUGCACCAACUGGCCCUGUGUCGGACACAGAAGAAGAGGAACCUGGCCCUGAGGGAACAUCCCCAUCUCGAGGCAGCUCAGGGGAAGGGCUGCCAUUUGCAGAGGAGGGGAACCUGACUAUCAAGCAGCGGCCGAAGCCAGCUGGGCCCCCUUCCCGUGAGACAUCUGUGCCCCCUGGCCUUGACUUCAACCUCACAGAGUCAGAUACUGUCAAACGCAGGCCCAAAUGCAAGGAGAGAGAGCCACUACAGACUGCACUAUUGGCCUUUGGGGUAGUGGGCAGUGAUACCCCUAGCCCUUCUGCUCCCCUGUCCUCCCAGGCCCCGUGUGAGUCUCCCUCAGCUUCCUCUAACCCUCCACGGCCUGAACCCAGCAGUCUUCCAUCUCAAGGAACUCCAGCCCCUUCUGUCAGCCCCAUAACUCAGCCCCCUGGGCACCCAGGGCCCAGUGCUGGACCCGCUCUGGAAAAUUCAACAGGUUGUAAGCCGAACGUGGAGCCAGAGCCUCCCGCUCCCCCUGCUGCCCUCCUCAAAGUACCUGGAGCAGGAACAGCUCCCAAGCCUGUGUCUGUGGCCUGCACUCAGCUGGCAUUUUCUGGCCCAAAGCUGGCUCCCCGGCUCGGCUCCCGCCCAGUACCCCCUCCAAGGCCUGAGAAUACUGGGCCUGUGUGUCCAGGUCAGGCCCAACAGAGACUGGAGCAGACGAGCUCAUCCUUGGAAGCCGCACUGAGGGCAGCUGAGAAGAGCAUUGGCACCGAGGAACGAGACGGCCCCACAGGGACGUCUACUAAGCAUAUUCUGGACGACAUCAGCACCAUGUUUGACGCCCUGGCUGACCAGCUGGAUGCCAUGCUGGACUGAGCAACCCUUGGCCUGUGACUCCCCCACCUGCCAGCGCUCACUGCCUGUGGCCCAGCAUGGAAGACGUCCCUGCCACGCAAGGAACGGGCAGAGGCUUGGUUGGGCUGGAGGGUCUAUCCUUCUGCAGCAAAGGCCUUCUAUGGCUCUGAGCAGUGGCUGGCAGUCCCAAAGAAGCUGAGAGGACUUGUCAGAACCUGACUGAGGGGAGCUGUGUGGGAGCAAAGCCUUCCCGUGCACAGCUGACUGCACAGCUACGGCCCCUGAGCGGGGACCCUCAUAGGAGCAUUCUCCUCUAGGAGGAGGUGGUGACAGAUUAUGCACCUCCUUGCCUUGUCUAAAGUCCCUGUGGUCUGGGAGUUUGCCUGGCCACCCACUGAGUUGCCCUAGGGCUCUGUGAGGCUGUGUGCUUGGCCAGUCCCCUCCGUGCAAGUGUACAUAGGAGAUGUAAAUACACAGCUGGGGUGUGCCUUUCUGCCAUGGCUUUAUCAUCUGCUCCUGUCUGGCCAUCCCACACUGGGAGGCAGUGCUGGCCAGGAUCAGAGGCAGUGCGAGUAACAGAUCCCCAGUGUCCAGACUCUUACAACUGUACAUAAUAUUUUUCAAGCAGAGAGAAAUGCAUAUAUUUUAAAUGGAA